AGUCACAUCAUUUCCGCUGGUACUAAAAUGGCGAGUCGAUGGAGUCGUAAUGGUAAAGAUAGUUUCAUUCUUCCAUCUUACUUUUCCAUUAUUAUUUGCUUGUACUAAUUUCGAAAAAUGUUUUUAGCACCUUAUGGUGGUGGUGCAGGUGGCGGCGGUAGUGGUGGCUAUAUGGGCUCUGGGGUUGGAGGUGUAGGAUUCUAUAUGGGUGGACCUUCACCGAUUGACCGUAGACCUUAUAAUGCUGCCUCCAUUCCUAAGCCUUUCUAUGGUGGAUAUCGGGAUGAUAACUACAAUAGACGAUCGGACCGACGUGACGAUUUUCGUGGCGGUAAGCGUGGUCAGCCGAAAGGUCGUAGUCCGGAGAAACGUUACCAUGACAGUCCGUCAGCCCAGCGUAAAGACCUCAGACCUUAUGGGAAACGUCAGUCAUCCUUUGCACGCUAUGAAGUGAAGAUUCCGAAAAGUCUGUUCAAUGUAUCAUCGUCAUCACUACCUGAUCUUCGACAUCGCUACCCUCGUCUCAAUAUAUCUGCAGACUUCUACGAAUGCACAUCCUCAUGGGUGGAUUCAUUCCCCAUGCACAAGCCGUUUGAACUAGGAAGUGGGACUGAUUACCAUGUUUUCCAUCGGGACGUUGAUCCUCCCACUCAGCCCGACUCCGCUCUCCUGGUUCCUCCUGACGCCGACUAUUCCUACUCAGCUAGGGUUAUGCUAAUGGCAUGCCCACAACUCGGUGAGUUAUAUAAGAAUACUUGUCGUAUGGCCGACGAUGCUAGUGGAGCUGACAAGGUUCUUCCCGACAAGAGUAUACACUUCUUGGUCGGUGGUCGUGCGAAAAGUGAGACUAUGGCCCUUGGUGGACCCUGGUCACCAAGCCUAGACGGACCCGAUCCGCUGGGAGAUCCAAGGACACUUAUCAACACAGCUAUCCGGACGUUCAAAGGCUUGACUGGAUUAGACUUGUCCUCUUGCACCGAAUGGGUCAGGUUCAUGGAGCUCAAGUAUUAUCGUAUGCCUGACACCAAAGCCCCAGCUUUCACAGAAGCUGAGGAAGAAAGAGAUAUCACGUCAGAGCGUCCCGAGGUUGUGGUGUUCUUCAUACCUAACGCAGCUCAUCUACUUCCAUCAGAAGAACAGUGGGCUAAAACCAAGGAAUACUACAACUCUAUACUACAGAAACUGUUGACCGAUGAAAAGGCUGAGCAGGAUGGAGUGCCUGAGCAGGCAGAUGGAGAGGCAAGCGUUGCAGAUGCGAGUAUGGAUGAACCUGAAGAGUCGGGCACACGCUCAGAUAUGGAGCCAACCCACUAUUCGAAACUCGAUGUAAAUACCUUGAAGGUUAAUGACUUGCGUAACGAACUGGCGGCUAGGAAGUUGGAUACUAAGGGCCUUAAAGUUAAUCUAGUGGCCCGCUUACAGAGUGCUCUGGAUGAGGAGAAGAAAGCAGAUGCCCCGGAAGAUUUACAGGUUGAUGAGGAGUCCAAAGCCGAACAGACUCCGAAUAAGACCGCUUCGCCGUCUGCGACGCAAUCAAAGGAUGAUUCAAAGGAUCUCUCUGAAAAAGAACGCCGGCGUCUGGAACGCCUCUACCGUCUUGGUGAUAAGCCAGCCAUCGUAAUCCAUCCAAACAAGUCCGCUAAGGGAGGUCGUUUCGACUGCCAUCGUGUUUCUUUGUUCUCUCUCCUCGACUAUCGUACCGAAGACCAAAAAGAGCACAACUUUGAAGUGUCCCUGUUCGCUGAACAGUUCCAUGAAAUGCUCCAGCGAGAUGCAGCCUUCACAAUAUUCAAGGCGAUUCACGAUGCGCCUGAGAAGGAAAUUAAACCUGAACAAGAUGGAAAACUGGAGAAUGGCAUCGAUUCUGACGACAAAGAACCUGAUGCCAAGAGGCGCAGAAAUGACAGUCAGAAUGGUCACGAUGACGACGAGGAUGCCAAAGUGCGUCGUCUCAGGCGUACUGUCAACCCAGCCCUCCUAUUCGCGUUCACUUACUUCGAUAUGGGCCGUGCUGGGUAUAUUCGAGAACAUGAUUUGUGCGAAAUUCUCCAUCUCUUGGGUCUGAGGUAUUCUCGCGCUCAGAUGCGCAAACUUGUGGCAAGAGUCGCUACACGUCGAGACCAUGUAUCGUACCACAACUUGACGGACAGUGACAUUGUCGAAGGAGAUGACAAGGAUGUCGUGAGCAUGAAUCUGGCCGAAAAUGAGGAUGUUGAAGUGACGAAAAUGCUUGCACUUGGCAACCGAGCUCUUUUCGACAUGACAGUUCCAGAGACACCAGCAAGGAUUGUUCUUGGUGGUGGGAAUACGGACCAAAUGCUUAGACGCAUGGAGCAGGCUGAGGCUGUUAAACAAAAACUGGAAUUCCAGUUCUUCCAGAUAAAGGAUGAGCUAGAGAAGACACGGGUCAAGGUGAACUCCUUCAAGGAUACAGAAGAUGAGUUGAGAGCAGAGAAUCGUGACUUGUCCUCUCGUCUGAAGUCCGAGCAAAAAUUAAUGCACGAAUACAAGAUUCAAGCGAACAUUUACAAUCACUUGUUGCGUUCGGCUAGAGAUCAAAUGGAUCGUGUCCUGUUCGACAUCAACAAGCAGUUUGAUAAGGAGAUGGCAAAGCGCGAGAGCGAGAAGGCUGCAGCUGAUGCCGAGAAAGUUAAGACUGAGGAGGAAGGAGAUAAACAGAAGGCCGAUGAAAAAGAUGCCAAGGUUGAGGAUGGAGAGAAAUCUGAGGAGAAAGAGUGGGAAGUCGUUGAUGCUGUUUAAUUCGGGAUAUUGCAUUUACUGUGAAGCAUUCGGUUACUAACCCUCUUACGGAUCUACAUCAUUUUAUCGAAACAACUUUGCCAUGCACUUCAAAUAUACUGCAUAAGUUUUUCAAA